AUGAGGGGACAUUUCUCUAUCGAGUGGAUGGCCCAGAGCAGCCGCCCAGCAGGACCAGAGACCUCCAUCAGCCCAGCCUCUGAGCCUGCAGGCUGGGGGACACACUCAGACAGUCUGCCUGGGUUUUACCACAAGUCUGAAAGUUUACCUGAACAUCAGCACCUCACUGCAUCCAACCAGAGAGCAAUGCAGAACCAAACUGCUCCCAAAAAUCAAGCGGUUGAGGCUGGUUUCAGCAGUGGGACCGAGGAGGAGACGUCCGGAUACGAGAGCGAAGGCUGUCCGUCUCUGUCUUCAUCCACCCACGCCACCUGCACCUCCACGUCUCCUUCUUCACCUCCGGUGGGCAGGAGGCCUCGGACUGCCUUCACAGCAGAGCAGCUCAACAGCCUGGAGAGGGCGUUCAAGAAAAACGCUUACCUGGGAACACAGGACAAGGUGGAGCUCUGCAAGAGGCUUAACCUGUCUGACAAACAGAUCAGGAACUGGUUCCAGAACAGGCGGAUGAAGCUGAAGAGGACGGUGCAUGACGCUCUGGCUCAUGCGUGCCAGGCCAACAUUACCUCUCAGCUGAUACACUACCCUGAGCUGCAGGGCUACAGGUCCACACCCUACCCCAGGUACCACUCAGCAGGGGCAGCUGUGGGACCCGAGGCAACACCUCCUUCCGCCUAUGCCCACAGCCUUCAGUACAGUUCCUCUUUCCCCAGCUCCCCCUCCCUCCCCCUGGACUCCUUCUAUCAGUACAACCUCCAAGGAGUCAUGCUGCCCUCAUCUCACCUCAGGGGGCCGUACCCAUCUUACCCUCCAUACUACUGA